AUGCAGUUUUGUGCUUCUAUCGCUCAAUUCCUCACGUCGGUUUCAUUCCUUGUACUACUACUAGCGACGGUGGGCUCUUCUUCUUCCUUUGCAUCGAACUCUCACCUCGUUUGUCAACCUCAAGAGCAACAGCUUGCAAACCCUAGACGACACGUUGAUUUCCUCCGAGCAAUGUCUUUCGUCGACGAACACAUAACCGCGAACAAGCUCUGGAUCGAUUCCUCCUUCACCGAUGUAUCUCCACCCAUCUACAUGUUUCUACAGUGCCGCCAAGACCUCUCCGUCUCCGAUUGCCGCCGCUGCUUCAACGAGAGCAAAUCCGAGCUCGAGAGAACGUGUUUGAGCUCGGAAUCGAACUCAAUCUUCGGUCGAAUCCACAGCGAUAACUGCUUCUUACGAUUCGACUCCCGAGAUUUCUCUGAGGAAUUCGUCGAUCCCAGAUUCGAUCGAGCUGAAUGCGAGGAUACAGGGUCACGACUUGGGAGCUCCUCGAGAGAUCUCGACGAGGCUUUUGUCAUCGUAACCCUGAAAUCUGUGAGAAAUGGAGGAUUCGGCGCAGCUUCCGUGAGUAGAGCCGGUGGAAACCCGGCGGUGUACGCUCUGUCUCAGUGUUGGCAAACACUUGAUGAAGACUCUUGCCGAGACUGUUUGGUACAUGCUAGAUCGAGGUUGAGAGCUUGUGACGGCAAUGAAGCUAGAGCUUUCUUCACUGGGUGUUACCUGAAGUAUUCUACGCACAAGUUUUUUGAUGAUGCUGCAGAACGUGAACACGACGAUGAUCAAAUAAACUUUCUACAGUCAUCGUUUUUCCCAGAUUUGAGUGAUAAAGAUAUUACGAGAAUAGCAAUUGCUGCGAUUUCGUUGUCCAUUCUUGCUUCUCUUGGUGCCUUCAUCAGUUACAGACGGGUUUCAAGGAAAAGAAAAGCUCAAAUUCCACCGUGUUCGAAUUUCAAAUACGAGGUGCUUGAGAAGGCGACCGAGUCUUUCAAUGACUCGAUGAAGCUAGGCCAAGGAGGAGCUGGUUCUGUAUACAAAGGCAUUCUUCCAGAUGGCAGAGUCGUUGCAGUGAAAAAGCUCUUCUUCAACACACGGGAGUGGGCGGAUCAGUUCUUCAACGAAGUGAAUUUGAUCAGCGGUGUUCAACACAAGAACCUUGUGAGGCUGCUUGGUUGCAGCAUCGAAGGUCCAAAAAGCCUUCUUGUCUAUGAAUAUGUUCAUAACAGAAGCCUCGAUCAAAUCCUUUUCAUGAAGAAUACAGUCCAUAUAUUGAGCUGGAAGCAACGGUUUAACAUCAUCAUAGGAAUAUCAGAAGGUCUAGAAUACCUUCACAAAGGAUCUGAAGUGAAAAUCAUCCAUAGAGACAUCAAAACCAGCAACAUUCUCCUUGAUCAGAACCUGAGUCCCAAAAUAGCAGACUUUGGACUCGUGCGUUCCAUGGGCAAUGACAAAACGCAGACCAAUACUGGAAUUGCUGGAACACUCGGUUAUUUGGCUCCGGAAUAUCUGAUCAAAGGCCAACUAACAGAGAAAGCUGACGUUUACGCAUUUGGAGUUCUUAUUAUCGAGAUAGCAGCUGGGAAGAAGAACAAUGCAUUCACGCAAGGAACUAACUCAAUUUUAUACUCUGUAUGGCAACAUUUUAAAGCGAAAACUCUGAGUCGAUCGGUGGAUCCUCGAUUAAAAGGGAAGUUCACAGAGGAAGAGGCCUUGAAGGUUCUCCAAAUCGGAUUGUUGUGUGUUCAGUCUUCGGUAGAACUGAGACCGUCCAUGUCAGAGAUAGUCUCCAUGUUGAAGAACAAAGAUUGUAAAUUUGAUUGUCCAAAACAGCCUCCGUUCCUGAGUGCCAGUGUUCUAUUGCAAGAUGAGGAGGCUAGAGUCUGA